AUGUUAGAUGAUAUUGAAUCCCCUCAGAUUAUCUGCAAGAAAGAGUAUAGCAAGGACGAUAUUGAGAAGAUGACAAGUGCAAUUCGUGAUGAAUACAACGUGCAAUGGCUGGUGGAUGACUUGCCCGCGUCCGUUGUGUUCUCCAGCGACAGCGAAUUCUGGUACGAAGACACGCACCCACUUGGGUUCAUCGAUGCGGACAGCAAGGCCGCUGUUAUCUACAACCACAUCGCCUUUACGAUUCUGUACCACAAGAACAAGGAUAACAGCUAUCGUAUCGUGGGCGUGCACGCUGCUCCUUCCAGUAUUGACUACGUGGAGCACGACGGCAAGCUUCUUUCUCGCGGUGUGGACGCGCUCAUGAUGCUGAAAACUCCCUGCACCGUCACCUUCACCUACACCGUGCAGUUUGAAGCGAGCGAGAUCGACUACGGUUCUCGCUGGGACAUCUACUUGAAGAACGCGCGCGGGAAGGGAGCUCACUGGUUCUCCCUCAUGAACUCGUUCUGCAUGGCUCUCUUCCUCACUGUUCGUUCGACUGGGUCGCUUCACCCUCAGACCAUCGCCGGAAUCAUCAUUCUCCGAACCCUCUCGCGUGACAUUCUCAUGUACAACUCCAUCACCGAAGACGAGCGAAUCGAAACCGUCGAGGAAGGCGGCUGGAAGCUCAUCCACGGCGAUGUCUUCCGUCCUCCCGAAGGCUCCGACGUCUUCGCAUCGCUCGUCGGCGUGGGCGUCGUCCUCUUCACCAUGCUCAUGGUCAUCGUUCUCGCCGCCGCCGGCGUUUUGUCGCCCAAAUACCGCGGCAGCAUCAUGACCGCGGCAGUGAUUCUCUUCGUCUUCAUGGGCUUCGUCGCGGGCUAUUCCUCCUCUCGCCUCAAUCUCUACUUCGGAGGCAAGAAGCGUCGCUCCGUGAUCAUCUUCGUGGGCGUGCUGCUCCCCGCCACCAUCGCCGGCGUCACGCUGGUCAUGAACAUCAUGUGGUUCUUCGUCGGCUCGCCCCAAUUCAUCCACCUCACCUCCAUCCUCAAGCUGAUCCUGCUCUGGUUCUGCGUGUCCCUUCCUCUCGUCUACCUCGGCUCGCUUCUCGGCUACCGUCUCUCCAAGUAUCACAUGCCCGUCCGCACCAACCACAUCGAGCGACAGAUCCCCACGCAGCCGUGGUAUCUGCGUCCCUGGCUCACCUGCUUCGUGGGCGGCUGCAUCCCCUUCGGAGCCAUCUUCCUCGAGGUCUAUUUCCUCAUGUCCUCCGUCAUGUCCCACCAGAUGUACGUGGUGUUCGGGUUCCUGCUCGCCAUCUUCGUGCUGAUGCUGAUCACGACGGCGGAGAUCGCGAUCGUGCUCUGCUAUUUCCAGCUGGCCAGCGAAGAUUACCGAUGGUGGUGGCGAUCGUUCGUGAAUACCGGGUGUACUGCGCUCUUCGUCUUCGCGUUCUCUCUCUUUUACAUGCUCAGUCAUGGAAUUACGAAGAUUGUGUCGGUGAUUUUGUACUUGUGCUUGAUGAUGAUGGCGUGUAUCGCUCUUUUUUUGGCUUGUGGAACCAUUGGAUUCUAUGCAUGUUUCUGGUUCACGAUGAAGAUUUAUGGUUCACUGAAGGUAGAUUGUCAUUUUUGUUUUACACAUGUUGUCUUACUUCCUGACUUUGCUGGGGUUGCUAGCUAUAGUCAGGGCUACUCCAACUUCACAAUUACUGCAAAAACAUUUUUGGACAUUGAAAUUGAUGGUAUGCCCGUCGGUAGAAUUGUUAUUGGAUUAUAUGGAGAAGUUGCUCCGCUAGCCACAGAGAACUUUCGCGGUCUGUGCACUGGAGAAUACUAUGCUUCUCCGAAGAAAAAAAUACCGAUGACUUAUAAGGGAAGUCGAUUUCAGCGUAUUAUCCCCGGAUUUAUCGUUCAGGGAGGUCAUGUUGGAGUUGGUAUCUAUGGAAAGAUGUUUGAUAAUGACCCCUUUGUUGUUUCUCAGAAUCGUCCGGGGAUUGUGGCUAUGGCGAAUUUAGGCAAAAACAGAAACGCAGCGGAAUUCUAUAUCACACUUGCGAAUGUCGCAUAUCUGGAUAAGAAGCUCGUGGCCUUUGGUACUGUGCUAGAAGGAAUGGAUGUUGUAUAUAUGAUGGAACAAUGCGGCUCAAAAAAAGGCAUGACGAAAUGGUAG